AUGUCCGACAGCCCGGGAGGCACGCUUGUGCCGCCCUGGUACAAGCCCAGCCCGCUGAAUCGAGAUGAGGAGAACAUCGCGAGCCUCUUGUGGGGCUUCACGCUAGGACUGGGUGUCUGGACCGGUACCAAGGCGAUCCAGCAGACCAUGGUGACACUGAAAAGGAUACACCGAGUCAACGCCUACAUUGCGCUGAUAUGGGCCCAGUGGAUUUCCAACAUGAUCAUGGGCAUCAUCUCUUGGAUCUUCCUUCGAGGGUGGUUCGGACCCAGCUUUGAGUUCUUCUUCUUCGUCCUUGUCUUAUGGGUGUUCCAGGUACAGUGCCUCAUGCAAAUCAUCAUAAAUCGCAUCGCCCUCCUCAUGCACGUUCCAGCCCACGCAACUCGUCUCAAAUGGGGUGUGUUUCUCGUGCUGCUGGUCAUCAACAUCAGCGUCUUUUGCGUUUGGAUCCCUGCACGCCUGCAGAUCAGCGAGGGCAUCAUUCAUGCCAACGACAUCUGGGACCGCAUCGAAAAGGGCCUCUUCCUCGUCAUUGAUUUGGGGCUCAACCUUCCGUUCAUCUAUCUCGUCAGGUCGCGACUGAUCGCUUACGGACUGACCAAGUACACCGUGCUGUUUCGUUUCAACCUGGCCAUGAUCUGCAUCUCCAUAUCUCUCGAUAUCUUGAUCAUCGGCCUCAUGUCUUUGCCGAAUACCUUCGUCUAUGGCCAAUCCCACCCCCUCACCUAUCUCGCCAAACUCCACAUUGAGUUGAACAUGGCCCAGCUCAUCGCCAAGAUCGUCAAGGCCUCCCACGAAAUCAACUCGUUCGAAAGUCACCUCCAGCACAGCACCGUACGGCGCAGCGAAUCAACCAGGAGGACAAUACCAAAAAGGGUUUCUGGCUUCUUCGGGAACCUGUUCCAAAAUGCCGAAGACCUGUCGAAGCGGCGCGACACCCCCGUGGACCUCGAGCCUGCCCCGUCAGCGAUGUACCACCCGUCGGCCAGCUCUUCCACCCCUGCGACUCCGCCGCCGCACGAGGACCGUUUUCAUACGCUUGAUCACGUACUCGAGAUGGGCAAGACGGGUCGACAUAGCUUAUCGACACACGAACCACGAAGAAAUUCCUACGGCUCAGUCUGA